AUGACGAUGUCUGCCAAGACACGAUUGGAUCGAUUGGCAAAAUACUUAGGAGCCGUUCUCCAUGGAAAACAAGAACUGAGAAAUCUUAGCGAUUUCAAGCGAUUCAUAGAAGCUAUUUUGAGUCAGCAAGAUCCUUCUAUUACUAUUGAGCGACUUGUUACAAGCCCAAGUGCUCUAGGCGCACUUCAGACUGGCUUGAGAUUCAACCUUACCACGGCCUUCAUUAACGAGUACACGUCCAAAUUCAUCAACUUCCUGGACAAUCCAGGCGUGAAGGCUCUCUGCAACGGGCUCUUUCUGCAACAAAUUCUCCUUAUAAUAUUGGAGCCCCGAAGUUUAUGGAACGCUUUAGUGGACGCGUUUCAUAGUCGAAUGCUGGAUGGAGAUGCAACCCAAACCUUCUGUUGGUUGGUAACAGAACUCUUGUCGUUGCCAGCUUCAUGUGCAGUGGAUAUCACAGUCGAUGUUCAGACCAUCAUAAAUGAUGAUUUGAUGAUAUCAUCGCCAUCAGCUUCGUUGCGCAACCUGGGACAUAAGAUGAAGUACUUGCUCGAGAUGAAGUCAUCCGCGUCCGUUCUCCUCUCAUCGGAACACACGGCAGGUGGUCGACACGACAACGAUUUUUCUGAUUUUCGCCAAGUCGCUAUUCUUCCUACAGCAGGUGAAAUGAGUUGCGUCGAAUGUCCUUUCUAUCGCCGUGUGGAUGAAAUCUCCCAACUUUCUGGUAAUCAACGCAUCGCUGCUCACGUGGACAACCAGUUCCGACUUCUACGAGAAGACAUGCUCUCAGGGCUACGAGAUGAUAUACAAGUUGCAAGGGGAGCCAAGAAAGGACGUCGAUCUGCUUUACGCCUUCAGGGACUGUCAUUGGCUCGUAUUUCUUGUGUUUCGGCUAAUCUGAGAUUCCUUAACCCGUGCACUAUUGGUGUCACUGCCAAGUCAGGACUAAAAAGGCUUGAGAGUCUCUCCGAACAGGAAAAGAAGACACAUCUCAAACAAAACCCCGACUUUAUCAGACAUCAUGCGUUUGGGUGCUUUCUACGAGAUACGGAAAUUGUCGCUUUUGCCACAAUUGAACGAAGGAUAGACGAUCUCAUCUCUACUCCCCCAAUAGUCAUGCUGCGAAUUGCAGGGGAGGAGGCACUGAAAAAGUGCAUUCUUUUUCUGAAGCUUUACGAUGAUGUGGAAUUCCUGGUCGUUGAUUCGCCCACCUUCGCAUAUGAGCCGAUUUUGAAGUGUUUGCAGGAGAGGACCGAUUUCCCGCUGACUGAAGAAUUGUUUCUAUACAAAAAAGACGAGCCAGUGAAAGAGUCAAGUCUGGCCCCUUGGGUUGUAAUACAGGAAUUGAGAGAGAAAUACAGGCGUAAUAUUCAAAAUAUCCUUCAAACGUCACGCCCCAUUACGUUGGACCAGUCACAACUUGACUCUUUGUUGAAAGGAUUGACACAAAGACUAAGUCUCAUUCAAGGACCACCAGGUACCGGAAAAUCGUUCAUAGAGGCUCUACUUGCCAAGGUUCUCCAUAACCAAACCAAGGACAAGAUACUGGUAAUGUGCUACACUAAUCAUGCUUUGGAUCAGUUCUUGGAAGAUCUGCUGGAUAUUGGGAUUGAUGGCUCUCACAUCGUUCGACUAGGAUCCAAGUCCACAUCUCGAACGCAGCCGUUAAGCUUAAAAGAGCAAAAGAUAAAUUUGAAUCGACCUCAUACAACAUGGCAAACCAUAAAUUCGCUCCGAAAUGAAGGAGAUGAACUUCGAACGAAUCUGGAUGAGUCAUUCAAGAGAUAUCAGGCUAUGAGUACAAAAUCAUCCGCAAUACUGGAGUACUUGGAGUUUGAGGAGCCGGCGUAUUUCGAGGCCUUCACAGUUCCUGAUGAUGAUGAUGGAAUGAAUGUGGUUGGAAAGGACGGAAAGGUAGUCCACAAAGACUAUCUGUAUCAUAGAUGGAUCAAGGGACAAUCGCCAGAGCCUUUUAGCAAUAUAUUACCCGCACAAUGCCGCGAUAUAUGGGCAACUGAACAAAGACUUCGAGACGAAAAGGCCCAGUCCUGGAAGCGAGCUCUACUGAAUGAGCAAGCUGCAUCUUUGGCGGUGCAAAUCAGGUUGUUUGAUCAGUGCCAGGAAAAGCUAUCUGGUGUUCUUGGUGAGAGAACGCGUGAAAUCUUGAAGAGGAAGCAGAUAAUAGUAUGUACGACAACGGCUGCGGCAAUGUAUUCUCAGGAUAUACAAAAUGCGUCUCCUGGAAUCGUAUUACUUGAAGAGGCAGGCGAGAUCCUUGAAUCCCAUGUACUGACAGCGAUCUCGCCGCAAACCAAACAUUUAAUCAUGAUUGGUGAUCAUCUGCAACUCCGUCCGAAGGUCAACAGCUAUGCCCUCAGCCUAGAAAAGGGGGAUGGCUAUGAUCUCAACGUGUCUCUUUUCGAGAGACUCAUCCAAGAAGGAUACCCGCAUACGACUCUGACAAAACAGCAUCGAAUGUGUCCCGAAAUAUCAAGUCUCGUUCGUUCUCUUACGUACCCUGGUCUGGAAGACGAUGAGAAAACUAGAAAUCGGCCAAACCCACGAGGAUUGUGCGACCGGGUGAUCUUUUUCAACCACUCAAAUGCUGAGGAAGACUUUGCGGAGAUUUCUGAUCGACGAGAUGAAGGAGCUAAACAGUCCAAGAAGAAUAUUUUUGAGGUUGAAAUUGUCUUGAAGAUCGUCAAAUAUUUAGGUCAACAAGGGUACGGAACAGACAAGCUUGUCGUCCUUACCCCGUAUCUCGGCCAGUUGUCACUUCUGAGGCAGACUUUGAGCAAGCAGAAUGAUCCAGUGCUGAACGAUCUCGACUCCCAUGAUCUCGUGCAAGCUGGCCUAUUAUCACAGGCGAGUGCCGAUCAUUCGAAGAGACCCCUCAAGCUCUCGACCAUUGACAAUUACCAAGGAGAAGAGAGCGAUAUUGUGAUAGCGUCACUCACGCGCAGUAACAAUAAAGGCGACAUAGGAUUCAUGGCGGCUGCUGAACGAUUGAACGUGCUACUUUCUCGCGCUCGAAACAUCCUGAUCAUUGUGGGCAAUUCAAAUACUUUCGUCUCUAGUCGAAAAGGACGAGAUACUUGGAGACCACUAAUCGACCAUCUUAAAGAUAAUGGUCAUUUAUAUGAUGGGUUGCCUGUUCGCUGUGAGCAACAUCCCGACAAGACCGCAAUACUCCGAACUAAGGAGGAAUUCGAGACGGAAACGCCGGACGGUGGUUGUGCGGCUCCUUGUGGCGUCAAGUUAAGCUGCGGAAUCCACGACUGCCCAUCCAAGUGUCACCAAAUCGUUGACCACUCCAAAAUGCUUUGUACAAAGAUUGUCAAGUGGAAUUGUCCCCGUGGUCAUACCUUGUCGGUUCGAUGUUCCUCAGUCAAGGGAGCAUGUCGAUUCUGCAACCAGGAAGAUGCCAUAAAGGAGCGAAAGCACGAGCGUGAUCAGAAUCUCGAAGCGGAACGGCAGAGAAAACAAGCUGCAUACGCUCGGGAACUCGCCGAGCUCCAGGAUGAGGCUUCCCACCUGAGACGACUCAGAAGCGAUGUAUUAGCCAACGCGGAGCAAGACAGAGUUAUAAAGCAGUACAGAGACGAAAUCGAAGCACUAAAGAGUCCCGUGAAACCGGUUGAGACGAUAGUCAACUCUCGAUCUGUUGGGAAAAUAGCUAUAGUGCCAGACUCUCCUGAGCCCACAACUACUGAGAAGAAUACGGAGUACAUAAAGCCUUCUAGAGAUGAAUCUCACAAAAAAAUCAAGGUCUCAGAUCCAAUGCCGACACAGGCACCUUCCGAAGCAAAGGCCGAUUGGGAUUAUCAGAAGACCUAUCACAACUCUCAAAGCCCAGAAAUCGACCAGUUGAUGAAUAUGGUUGGACUGGAGUCGGUGAAGACAAAAUUCCUGGACAUCAAACAGAAAGUCGAUCUUAAAAUCAGACAGAAUAUUGAUCUGAGCAGCGAGAGGUAUGGAACUGUGCUUCUAGGUAACCCCGGGACUGGCAAGACGACAGUGGCUCGGCUUUACGCGAAGUUUUUGGCGGCAGUGGGAAUUAUCCCGGGAAGCAAAUUCAUUGAGACCACUGGAUCAAGACUCUCAAACGAGGGGGUCUCGCAGUGUCAGAAAACUAUCGAAUCACUUCUCAAACAAGGGGGAGGAGUUGUGUUUAUUGAUGAAGCCUACCAACUGGUGCAGGCUAACAGCUCAGGAGGUGGUCAGGUUCUUGACUUUCUUCUCGCCGAAGUCGAGAAUCUGACUGGGAAAAUUGUAUUUAUUCUCGCCGGGUAUCAGCGACAAAUGGAGCAAUUCUUCGCUCACAAUCCUGGACUUCCAAGUCGCUUCCCUCAUCAGCUAAAAUUUGAAGAUUUCAAUGACACAGAGUUGAUGUUGAUCCUAGAACAUUGGAUUGAAAAGACAUACAAAAAGCAAAUGAAAAUUGAUGGUGGACCGAGCGGCCUUUAUUGUCGCAUUGUUGCUCGGCGAAUAGGGCGUGGACGCGGAAGUGACGGAUUUGCAAACGCGAGGGCUGUCGAAAAUGCCGUAACAAAGAUCACUGAGCGACAAGCCAAGCGCGUUGCACGAGAAAGGCGAAACGGCUCCGCGAUGGUGGACGACUUCUUCCUAGAUAAGGAGGACAUGAUUGGCCCGGAUCCUUCACAAUCGCUUAACUCAUCUAGGGUAUGGCAGAAGCUACAAGGAUUGAUUGGGUUAGCCGAAGUGAAGAAGACCAUUGAAGCUCUCGUGGACACAAUCAAGUAUAACUAUCGCCGUGAAUUAGCUGAACAACCUCUGGUCGAGUACAGCCUGAAUAAAGUCUUUCUUGGAAACCCAGGGACCGGAAAAACCUCAGUCGCAAAGAUCUACGGUCAAAUCCUCGUGGAUAUUGGGCUUUUAUCCAACGGAGAAGUGAUUGUGAAGAACCCAUCCGAUUUUGUCGGGAGUGUAAUCGGAGAGUCCGAGAAGAACACAAAAGGCAUUCUCGCAGCUACGUUAGGCAAAGUUUUGGUCAUUGACGAAGCCUACGGGUUGUUUGCUGGCGGUACUUCUCACAGCACAGGAGCUAGGAGUGACCCAUACAGAAGUGCCGUUGUGGAUACAAUAGUAGCUGAAGUACAGAGCACACCUGGCGAUGAUAGAUGUGUUCUUCUCCUUGGUUACAAAGACCAAAUGCAGGAAAUGUUCCAGAAUGUCAACCCUGGUCUCAGUCGACGUUUCCCAAUAGACCAGGCCUUUGUCUUUGAAGACUUUACGCCGAAAGAGCUCGAUAUGAUACUUGACCUGAAGUUGAGCGAACAAGGAUAUGAAGUUACUGAUCGCGCUCGUCGUGUGGUCUUGGAAAUGCUUGAGCGAGCCCGAAAUCGUCCUCAUUUCGGCAAUGCUGGUGAGAUUGAUAUCCUUCUGAAUGCAGCUAAAAUGCAUCAUCAGAGAAGUCUUUCUACCAAAAAUCUGAUGAGCUCGGUACCCAAUGCUAUUCUCGAUGCUAUUGACUUUGAUGAAAAUUAUGACCGGGUGGAACAAAGCAAUCUUAGCGUUUCAAAGAUUUUUGAAGGAGUUAUAGGAUGCGAAAAUAUUGUUUCCAGGCUUGAGGGCUAUCAACAAGUGGUCAGAAACCUCAAAAAACUUAACAUGGACCCUCGAUUACAAGUUCCUUUUAACUUUGUGUUCCGAGGACCACCAGGAACUGGUAAAACCAGUACAGCCAGGAAGAUGGGUCAGGUGUACUACGAUAUGGGGCUUUUGAACUCCACUGAGGUAAUCGAGACGUCAGCAACAGAUCUCGUAGGUCAAUACGUUGGGCAGACAGGACCCAAGACUCAGCUUCUCUUGGAACGUGGACUUGGAAAGGUUUUAUUUAUAGAUGAAGCAUACCGUCUUGCCGAGGGCCAAUUUGCUAAGGAGGCGAUGGACGAAUUAGUGGACUGUAUCACAAAACCUAGGUUUGCGAGAAAGCUCAUCAUCAUCUUGGCUGGGUACGACGCCGAUAUAAAUCGACUCAUGUCCAUCAAUCCUGGCCUUACCAGUCGUUUUCCUGAGUCUCUUCAAUUUGAGCCUUUGUCACCAGGAAUGUGUUUUAAGCUACUCGAGGGGCUCUUGUCAAAACAAAAGAAAGAGCUCCUCGAACAGUCGCAAACGAAAUUUGACAUUACCUGUGUGCAAUGCCCGGACCCCGAUCUGAGCGAGAAAUUGACGCAAGGCUUUGAUACUCUGUCCAAGACUGCAAGCUGGGCCAAUGCAAGAGAUGUUGAAACACUAGCGACGUCUAUUUUUAGGAAGACUAUAACGACGAUGCAAGAUUCCAGUGCAAGUGGAUUGAUAUUGAAUAGAGACUCAGUGAUUGAAGAGAUCCAAAAAUUGAUCAGCGAGCGCCAAAGUCGUGAAAAUUUUCAGUCGCAGCAUCUUCUUCCCCAAGUCAACAGGAACUCUUUAUUCUCGGCGCCUCUACGUACACAGAAUACAAACACACCCAUACUCAACUUGCAAAGUCAAAAUGCCAAGUCAAAUGCUGUACCCGAUGCUAAGACCAAUGAAGCGGUAGAAUCUGGCAUACCCAAACAGAACAUGGCCGAGACCGAUCACCGCGACGACGGUGUCACAGAGGAGGUUUGGGCGCAGCUUGAGAGGGAUAAAGCCAAGGCGAACACAGAGGAAAAGACGUAUUUGCGCGUGUGUCACGAUGAAGAAGAGCAAAAACGAGAGAUCCAGAGGCUUCAAGACCAGGAGGCCAGAUCAAUCCGGGAAGCAGAUGAAGCUAAGAAGCGAGAAGAUGAAGGGGCAAAGAAACGAUACGAACAAGAACGAUUACGCCACGAAUUAGAACGCAGAAGGUUAGAAACUCUUGCAAGAGAUCUUGAAAAGAAACGAAAAGCGUUGGCUGAAGCCCGCCGUAAGGAACAGGUGAAUCAGGAAAAGCUUAGACACAUGGGGGUUUGUGUUAUGGGGUAUCGCUGGAACAAGCAAUCGGGCGGAUAUCGAUGUGAUGGUGGCAGUCACUGGGUCUCGGAUGCAGAGCUCCGUUGA